CGUCAAACAAAAACAUUUUCUUUUCCAAAUUUUUUUCGCUCUUUAAAGAUUUUUAUUUUUAGGAAAUUUUCUAUAAAAUCCCGUAAAGUUUACUGAAAAAUAGGCUCAAACAUAACGAACCAUACGAUAUUCAGUCAUUGACACAUCAAUUCGGCAUUCAAAAAGAGAAGAUUUUUAUUUUAUUCACUGAAAAUUUCACUUGAAGAUGCCGCCGGCGGCCAGUGUAGUAGCGCAUGGUGAUCGCGUACCUGUAAAGGUUGUGCCAGCGGUGGUGCAGCAGCCUCAACCGCCGGCGGGCGUGGUGAUGACGACGGCGUCGGAGGCUUUUGCAAAGGACGCUGUCAUUGCGUGGUUCCGAGGGGAGUUUGCUGCGGCCAACGCCAUCAUUGAUGCGCUCUGUAAACACCUGAGGCAACUUGAAGGUGGUGUUCCGGCAGAUUAUGAAUCGGUAUUCGGUGCUAUUCAUCGUAGGAGGCUGAACUGGAUCCCGAUCCUCCAGAUGCAGCAAUACUAUUCGAUUGCUGAUGUCACACUGGAGCUUCAAAAGGUUGAAGCCAAAAAGUGUGAAGAAAGUAAGAUUGAUGAAACGAAAAUCGAGGAGAAAGAGAAAUCUCUAGAAAGCUCCGUCGAGGAGGGUUAUGAAAAUGGUGGAGUAGAGCCCAUGGUUGAAGAUUUUUCUAGGGAUGAUUCACCUGAAAGCGAGAUUGCUGAUACAGGGUCUCAAGAAGUGCAGCCGUUGCUUGAACAUGUCGAUAUAUGUUCUAACCAUGAAGAAUGUGAGGCACGUCGUGAGCAGAUCAAGUUGACAAAAGGGUUCUUAGCGAAGGAGCCCAUGAAAGGCCAUAUGGUUAAUGUUGUUAGAGGUCUUAAGUUGUAUGAAGAUGUAUUCACCGACGUCGAACUCUCUAAAUUGAAUGACUUUGUGAAUGAGCUCCGAGUUGCUGGCCAGAACGGUGAACUCUCAGGCGAGACGUUUAUACUAUACAACCAGCAAGUGAAAGGAAAGAAGAGAGAGUUAAUUCAGCUUGGAGUUCCCAUUUUCGGACAGAUAAAAGACGAUGCAGCAAGUAAAUUGCAGAAGAUUACAGGCCAUAUCGAGCCAAUUCCAGCACUUCUACAAGGUGUCAUUAACCACUUGAUCCAGUGGCAUUUGAUCCCAGAAAAUCGAAAACCAAAUAGCUGCAUCAUUAACUUCUUUGAUGAGGGGGAAUACUCUCAGCCUUUUCUGAAACCACCUCAUUUGGACCAGCCCGUUUCGACACUCCUCCUCUCUGAGUCAGCAAUGGCGUUCGGUCGAACACUUGUCUGUGAUAGUGAAGGGAAUUAUAAAGGGCCACUCACGCUCUCUCUCAAGGAAGGGUCACUUCUAGUCAUGAGGGGAAAUAGUUCUGAUACAGCAAGACACGUUAUGUGCUCCUCGUCGAACAAGAGGGUGACUGUGACAUUCUUUAGAGUUCGGGUAGAGACACAAAACGCAGAGGCAACCCCUUCAACUGGAGCAAUGACCUUAUGGCAAUCCGGUGUUCAAACUUCGUACGCAGUCCCAAAUGGAAUGGUUAGCCCUUACGAGGCAAUGGAUACGAUCCCCAAAUGGGGUGUCCUCCGAGCUCCCGUGGUUACGUUGUCUCCUAUGCUUCCAAUGGUUUUGAAUCCUCAAAGGAUUCCACAAGGUGGGACCGGGGUUUUCUUGCCGUGGACCGUUGGAUCAAGGAAACCAGCAAAACAUCUUCCACCGCGUGCUCAGAAAGGACGAUGUCUUGCUCUACCAUCCCCUAUUGAAAUGCAGAAAACUCAGGUCACUUCUGAUCCGGGUAUCAACCAUGAAGGGAAAUCUCUGUAAGUUAAUCUGUUAGCGUUGGCUGUUAUACAUUUCUGAGAUGCCAAUAGGCUCCAGAAAUAGUUGAGAGAGCUUGAAAGUUGCACGGAUUUUGGACUAGUUGUAACAGAGAGUUGAGUUUGUAGUGUAUUUUCAUUCUGGUGGAUGCAGUCUUUUUUACAUUACCAUAUAUUUGUUAUUUUUUUUCUCGUUUUCUAUUUAUCAAGCACAAUUAAUUAGCUUCA